UAUAUUUCUGACAACUGACGUCAACAAUUAUUCGGUCGUUUUUUCGAUGUAAAUAAUUCUCAAUAGUUUAAUAAUGUUUACUCUCUGGACGCUCAUCGAGGCCUCGCUGUUGUGCCUCAAUGCCGUCUGUAUCCUGCACGAGGAGCGCUUCCUGGCAAAGUUUGGCUGGGGCCGGCAAGCAGGCCAGCAAGAUUUUGGAGCCCCCACGGCCAAGGACCAAGUGUUAAAUCUCAUUCGUUCCAUUCGCACAGUUGCCAAAAUUCCCUUGAUAUUUCUUAACAUAAUUGCGAUUAUAUUUAAGCUAUUACUUGGGUAAUGACAUAAAGUCUAUUGUAAAAAGUA